AUGGAGUGGUCAGCACCCCCAUUCCGUCCACCUGCAUCUCCACUCCGUCUACCCCCACCUCACCUGCACACACACCCCUAUCCUUCAGCACCCCUUUUCCUUCCACCUGCAUCUCCUCUCCGUCUACCCCCACCUCACCUGCACCCCGCUCUAUCCUUCAGCACCCCUAUUCCUUCCACCUGCAUCUCCUCUCCGUCUACCCCCACCUCACCUGCACCCCGCUCUAUCCUUCAGCACCCCCAUUCCGUCCACCUGCACUCACUCCGUCCACCAGUACUCACCUCCGUCGACCUACACCCAACUCCGUGUCCACCCGCACCACCACGCUGUUCAUCCACCCCGCCCACCCGCACCACCACGCUGUUCAUCCACUCCGCCCACCCGCACCACCACUCUGUUCACCCACUCCGCCCACCCGCACCACCACUCUGUUCACCCACUCCGCCCACCCGCAACAUCACUCUGUUCACCAAACUCCGCCCACCCGCACCACCACUCUGUUCACCCACUCCGCCCACCCGCAACAUCACUCUGUUCACCAACUCCGCCCACCCGCAACGCCACUCUCACGCACUCUGCCCACCCGCAACACCACUCCAUUCGCCCACCCCCAUCUCAUUCCGUCCACCCCACUCCAUCUACCUGCACCACCACUCCACCUGUAUCCCAUCUUCGUCCACCUGUAUCCCUAUUCCUUUCACCUGCACCCCGGCCUAUCCACCUGCACCCACUCCGUUCGACUGCACUCACUCCGUCCACCAGUUCUCACCUCCGUCCACCCACACCCUCACUGCAUUCGUCUUCUCCUUCUACCCUCACCCUACUCCUCAUCCACCCACGACCCAGUCCUCCCACCCACUCAGCACCACCACUAAUUCCGUCUACUCUCCGCGUCCACCCACACCCCACUCCGUUAACCCACACCACCACUCUGUUCACCUUCUCAUUCACCCAGCCCGCCCACCCGCACCACCACUCAACGUCCACCAACAUUUCAUCCACCCGCACCGCAACUCCGUCUAUCCUUACCCCACUCCACAUCCACCUACAUCCCUCUCCGUUCAUCCACCCGCACCACCACUCUGUCUACCCUCAUCCCACUCAACGGCCACCCACAUCCCUCUCCGUUCAUCCACCCGCACCACCACUCUGUCUACCCUCAUCCCACUCAACGGCCACCCACAUCCCUCUCCGUUCACCCACCCGCACCACAACUCCGUUCAUCCACCUGCACCACCACUCCGUCUACCCUUACCCCACUCCACAUCCACCCACAUCCCUCUCCUUUCAUCCACCCGCACCACAACUCCGUCUACCCUUACCCCACUCCACGUCCACCCACAUCCCUCUCCUUUCAUCCACCCGCACCACAACUCCGUCUACCCUUACCCCACUCCACGUCCACCCACAUCCCUCUCCUUUCAUCCACCCGCACCACAACUCCGUCUACCCUUACCCCACUCCACGUCCACCCACAUCCCUCUCCGUUCAUCCACCCGCACCACAACUCUGUCUACCCUCAUCCCACUCAACGUCCACCUACAUCCCUCUCCGUUCAUCCACCCGCACCACAACUCCGUCUACCCUCAUCCCACUCCACGUCCACCCACACCACCACUCUGUUCACCUUCUCAUUCACCCAGCCCGCCCACCCGCACCACCACUCAACGUCCACCAACAUUUCAUCCACCCGCACCACAACUCCGUCUACCCUUACCCCACUCAACGUCCAUCUACAUCCCUCUCCGUUCAUCCACCCGCACCACAACUCUGUCUACCCUCAUCCCACUCCACGUCCACCCACAUCCCUCUCCGUUCAUCCACCCGCACCACAACUCUGUCUACCCUCAUCCCACUCCACGUCCACCCACAUCCCUCUCCGUUCAUCCACCCGCACCACAACUCUGUCUACCCUCAUCCCACUCCACGUCCACCUACAUCCCUCUCCGUUCAUCCACCCGCACCACAACUCCGUCUACCCUUACCCCACUCCACAUCCACCCACAUCCCUCUCCUUUCAUCCACCCGCACCACAACUCCGUCUACCCUUACCCCACUCCACGUCCACCCACAUCCCUCUCCGUUCAUCCACCCGCACCACAACUCCGUCUACCCUUACCCCACUCCACGUCCACCCACACCACCACUCUGUUCACCUUCUCAUUCACCCAGCCCGCCCACCCGCACCACCACUCAACGUCCACCAACAUUUCAUCCACCCGCACCACAACUCCGUCUACCCUUACCCCACUCAACGUCCAUCUACAUCCCUCUCCGUUCAUCCACCCGCACCACAACUCUGUCUACCCUCAUCCCACUCCACGUCCACCCACAUCCCUCUCCGUUCAUCCACCCGCACCACAACUCUGUCUACCCUCAUCCCACUCCACGUCCACCCACAUCCCUCUCCGUUCAUCCACCCGCACCACAACUCUGUCUACCCUCAUCCCACUCCACGUCCACCUACAUCCCUCUCCGUUCAACCACCCGCACCACAACUCCGUCUACCCUUACCCCACUCCACAUCCACCCACAUCCCUCUCCUUUCAUCCACCCGCACCACAACUCCGUCUACCCUUACCCCACUCCACGUCCACCCACAUCCCUCUCCGUUCAUCCACCCGCACCACAACUCCGUCUACCCUUACCCCACUCCACGUCCACCCACAUCCCUCUCCGUUCAUCCACCCGCACCACAACUCCGUCUACCCUUACCCCACUCCACAUCCACCAACAUCCCUCUCCUUUCAUCCACCCGCACCACAACUCCGUCUACCCUCAUCCCACUCCACGUCCACCCACACCACCACUCUGUUCACCUUCUCAUUCACCCAGCCCGCCCACCCGCACCACCACUCAACGUCCACCAACAUUUCAUCCACCCGCACCACAACUCCGUCUACCCUUACCCCACUCCACGUCCACCCACAUCCCUCUCCGUUCAUCCACCCGCAUCACCACUCUGUCUACCCUCAUCCCACUCAACGUCCACCCACAUCCCUCUCCGUUCACCCACCCGCACCACAACUCCGUCUACCCUCAUCCCACUGA